AUGACCACUGGUCAUAAGACUAUCUCUAAAUGUGGACUUAUGGUGCUAGUCAUAUGUUUUUGGCAUAUAGAAGCAGAGCAUACUCCUUUUGCAAGGUCCGGACUCCGAACAUCUGCCGUUGCAAUUCCAAAAAUUGUAGAUUUUUCAAGAAAUGAAAUUGCUGAAUUUGAAUCUUUAAAUUUAACAUUCUUAUCAAGUCAUGUAUCAAUUAUUCAAGUUCCAUUAUUUGGAUCUGGUGCUAUCGUAUCACUACCUGUAAAUAAAGAAAAUGGAGAUGAAGAAUCAGUUUCUGCUACUGAUGGUAGUGAUUAA